AUGUUCCAGGUGAUAUCGACCCGAACAGCUGGGUUCACAGUUACACCCGUCUCCCAGCUCCAACCAGCGAUCCAAGUUUCCUUUGUUGUGAUGAUGUAUAUCUCCGCGUUCCCGACGACGAUGACGAUGCGCAAGACGAACAUCUACGAAGAGAAGAGCCUAGGUAUCUACGACGACGACGACGACGACGACGAAGAAGAAGAAGAAGAAGAAGGGCAUAAUAAGAAUAAGAAUGAUAAUGACCUCCAAAGGCUACUAGAGGAACAACUCUGCUUCGAUGUGUGGUACAUCGUCCUUGGGCUAUUCCUCAUCACGCUGGCCGAGGGCCGUCGUAUCCAGACGGGCCACGGCAACGCUUCGAAAAGCGGGGAACUAUUACUCCAUGAGGAGCAGUUUACAUUAUUUGCGGUGCUGUUUGAGAUAGUCGCGGCAUACGGCACGGUCGGACUGUCGGUGGGAGACGGCGGAAGCGGGAGGUCAUUCAGCGGAGGAAUGCGGAUGUGGUCGAAAGUGGUGAUUCUGGCGAUGCAGGUGCGCGGGAGACAUCGAGGGCUGCCGUGUAGGCUGGAUCAUGCGGUUCUGCUUCCUAAUGAGAGGGAGGUAGAAGAACAGUUGGUUUAG